AUGGGCACAUUCUCAUUGCUCCUCAUGCUCAUUCUCCUCAAUCUCUUGAUUGACCUCUUCCCCUCUUCUUCACUUGGGACUCAUCAUUCUCCUCUUGGGAUGUUCACUCCAAUCUCAAACUCUCCCUUCGCUCUCACUACUGAUAGGAUCAUUCCUCUUCUUGGUUCUCCUCUCUUCCCUCAAUUCUCCUCUCAGACCUCCUCAGAGACAUCCUCUCAUCUGCUGGUUCCUCUUGAUCUCAUUCCAAAUCCUCAUCUUGCUCCUUUCUCUCAUUCUUCUUGCUUCUCUCUGCUUUUGAAGCUGCUUGGCUUCCUUCACCUCUCAACAUCUUACUUGUUUCUUGUUGGGUCCUGA